AUGAGAGACUUCCUGAAAUUUAACGACGCCCUGCUCGCCAAGAUUGGAUGGAGACUAAUCAACAACCCGGCUAGCCUCUUGGGGAAAAUCCUACAAGGGAAAUAUUUCCCAGACGGUGAUUUCUUGACAGCAGGGGAAGCUUCUGUUAUGUCACACAGUUGGAGAGGUGUUCUGAUCGGCCGUGACCUGCUUACGAAAAACAUCGGCUGGGUCAUUGGCAAUGGUCACUCUAUUAGCAUCUGGCGCGAUCUAUGGCUCAAUCUGAGCAAACAAGAGAGCCCUAUGGGCCCACCGACGGAACAGAGCGCUGGCCUAAUGGUAUCAGCCCUGGUCGAUGCAAACUCGGGACAGUGGAACAUAGACUUAAUACAGCGACUGGUGCCGGAGUAUGAAGAAAAGAUCUUAUGCUUGAAACCGAAUGUUACUGGGAUUCCAGACAAGCUAAUCUGGUUGGGUACGAAAUCCGGAGAUUACACAACCAAAUCUGGAUACUUCUCCACCAUCGAUGAGGAUGACGGAGUGGCUCCAACAGAAGUGGGUUUCAACUGGAGAAAAACUGUAUGGAACUUAGACUGCGCCCCAAAAGUUAAACAAUUUGCUUGGAAAGUCCUAAAAAGAGCCUUACCAGUUGGAGAGCGCCUUAUUGAAAGACAUAUUGACGCCGAUCCGAAGUGUAAAAGAUGUGGCUGUAGCGAAUCUAUCACUCAUCUCCUUUUCCACUGCGGGUUUGCUCAGAAGGUGUGGCUUCUAGCUCCCCUUAGAACCGACAUGGACUUUAGAGGAAUUAUAGAUUUAAUGGCGGCAUGGCCCUCUAUCUGCAACCAAACUUGUCUACCCCCUUCGGGAAUAACCUCAAAAGCGCUGGUUCCCUGGAUCAUCUGGUCGUUAUGGAAGGCUAGGAACAAAUUUGUUUUUGAGGGCUUCUCGCUUUCUCCGGAAGUUACCUUGUCGACUGCAAUCAAUCUAUCACGUGAAUGGAGUGUAAAUGCGAAAAUGGAGCUGGGAAGAGCACCAGCUCGUUGGUCUCAGGAGAUAUCUGCUUCGAGUGGAGCUACAAUCACCAGAUCGGACGCGGCGUGGGUGUCGUCAUCAAACUCUACAGGGCUAGGAUGGACUCUCCUAACCUCACCGGAGAUCAGGUCUUUUCAAAAACGCCUUGAUUUCGUUGGAUCCCCCCUGAUGGCGGAGGGACUGGCGCUUAGGGAAGCUACCCUAACGUGUAGAAGAUUGGAAAUGCGAUCGGUGCGCUUCGAGUCUGACUCUGCCCACCUAAUUAAGUGCCUAAAAACUGAGAUUGAAGUUGCAGAGUUGCAUAGCAUAGUGUCUGAUAUCCUUUCUAUUGUUGCUGAAUUUGAAUCUGUUUCUUUUGGCUGGAUUCCUAGGGAGAAGAACAUGAUUGCUGAUGUUUUAGCAAAAAAUGCUCAGCUUGUAUUUGAACCGCUGGUAGUUGAGGAUGGUAUCAAUGCUCCUAACUGA